GAAGCCUCUCCCCUGGGCGGUUCCAGCCUGAAAGAGACGUUUAGGAAGAAAGCCCACUAACGCAACUAUCAGCGCAGUCUCAAACAUGGCGCCCGCCUCCGCCGACAACUUCAGAUGAAAGUGUGGCGAAGAAGUGGCCAGCAAAGUUUCAAAGGAGUAUUUCGACGUGCUUUUUCUUUUGUGCCGUUUUCCGCCCGCCGUUCCGUUCCGACCUGUUUGCAGAAAUAAAAAAAGACGGAAUCUAUCAAGCGGCUACAGACAGCAAGUUGCCUACAUGACAACAUUGCCUCUCGCUGCAGUGUAAACAGCUGGUACACCCAGCCAUGAUCGAGGACAAGGGUCACCGGGUGACCGACUACUUUGUAGUGGCCGGGCUGACGGACAAAUCCACGCCCCUGGAGCAGGACCUGUCGGAGACCAAGUCCAGUGGGCCCAAAGCGCCCAUCACCGACUUGGCCGUCAUCAACAAGUCGGCGGGAGAAACGGUGCCCGAGGGCUUCACGUGCAUCGACGGCACCUACAGCGGCCAGCCGGCCAACCUCAACCACGGCAGCCUGAAGAGCCCCGAGCUGUUCCUGUGCUACAAGAGGGGUCGGGGGAAGUCUCCUCUCAUCGACAUCGGUGUGCUGUACGAGGGUAAGGAGCGUCUGAUCCAGGGCUGCGAGAUCAUCCAGGCCACGCCGUACGGCCGCUGCGCCAACGUCAACAACAGCUCGGCCACCUCGCAGCGCAUCUUCAUCACGAUGCGCCGGGCGCCGCCCGUCCAGCCUCAGAACUCCCUCGCGGUGACGGACAUCUGCGUCAUCGUCACCAGUAAAGGGGAGAUACCGCCACAUACCUUCUGCAAAGUGGAGAAGAACCUCAACUGUGGCAUGUGGGGCUCCAAUGUGUUCCUGUGUUACAAGAAAUCGGUGUCUACGUCCAAUUCCAUCAGUUACAAAGCCGGUCUCAUCUUCCGAUACCCAGAAGAGGACUACGAGUCUUUUCCUCUGUCAGAAUCAGUCCCUUUGUUUUGUUUGCCGAUGGGCGCCAAGAUCGAGUGUUGGGAUCCAAACACACGCGAUCCUCUGCCUGUCUUCUCCACGUUUGUCUUGACCAGCUCCUCUGGUGAAAAGGUGUACGGAGCAGCGGUCCAGUUCUACGAGCCGCAUCCGGUGGAUCAGUUGAGCGAGAAGCAGAAGAUCCAGCUGGGUCUGCUCACCGCCGUGGAGAAGAAGGUGAUCCCCAACCGGCCCGUGAAAAGCAAUAAAUGCAUCUGCCUGCUGUCCCGCUGGCCCUUCUUUGAGUCCUUCCGGAAGUUCCUGAUCUUCCUCUACAAGCUCUCCGUCUCCGGCCCUCAACCGCUGCCUAUCGAAAAGCACAUCUCGCACUUCAUGCACAAUGUGUCGUUUCCUUCCCCUCAAAGGCCAAGAAUAUUAGUCCAGCUCUCGGCACAUGACAACUUCAUCCUCUCCCAGCCUGUGUGUACACCCUUGCCGCUCAGCGGGGCGGACUACGGCACUUUGCUGAUGAACCUGGGCUCGGAGAACUGCGCCACGCUGCUGCACUUCGUCCUGCUGGAGAGCAAGAUCCUGCUGCACUCGCUCCGGCCCGCCGUGCUCACCGGAGUGGCCGAGGCCGUGGUGGCUAUGAUCUUCCCCUUUCAGUGGCAGUGUCCCUACAUCCCCCUGUGCCCACUUUCGCUAGCAGGCGUCCUGAACGCUCCCUGUCCGUUUAUAGUGGGCGUGGACUCCCGCUACUUCGACCUUUACGACCCCCCGCCAGAUGUCGUCUGCGUGGAUCUGGACACCAACACGAUCUAUCUUUCUGACGAAAAGAGACACGGCAACUGGAAGAACCUGCCAAAGAAGCCCGGCAAGAGUCUCAUUAACGCACUGAGCAACUUGCACCAGCAGCUGGCCACCGUUUCAGGACCUCAAAUGGAACAGGAAAAUUCUGCAGUGGACAUGACCCCCAUAGAGGCGGACUUCACUUGGCACAAGAAGAAGACUUCUCUGGAGAUGGAAAUCCAGGAGGUCUUCCUUCGCUUCAUGGCCACCAUCCUGAGAGGCUACCGCAACUACCUCAAACCCAUCACCCAGGAGCCCUCGGUAAAGGCCACAGCCGCAGACUCCCUCUACGACCUGCAAGGGCUUCUCAAAAGCAGAGACCGAGCCCACCAGAAGUUCUACUCCCAGCUCACCAAGACCCAGAUCUUCAUCCGCUUCAUCGAGGAGUGCACCUUCGCCAGUGACAAGGACACCGGCCUGGCCUUUUUUGACGACUGUGUCGAGAAGCUUUUUCCCUCUGAUAAAAUCACCGACAAGGGCACCAAGGUUGAAGGAGAGUCGUCUGAGGACACGCGACUGUUGGAGCUGGACGAGUCCCAGAAGAGCGAACACACCGUUUUCGUCAUGCCCCCUGAGCCUCCAGUCAGCGAUGGGACGGAACCUGCCUCCAGAUACACCUAUAACAGUUUCCCCCGGCUGCACAUGGAGCUGUUCGACCGUCCUCGGGAGUUCCGCCCGGUGCUCAGCAGCAGACCGACAGGAGCCAGUCUCCUACCGGCUAAGAGGACGAAGCAGGAGAUCAAGCUCGCGUACAAGAUGGCGAAGCAUUUCCACGCCGACCCUCCGCCGUGGGCCCGCUGCCUGUUCAGUCACUGCUACAGCCUGUGGUUCAUCUGCCUGCCAACGGCUGUGCGACACUCCAAGUCUAAAAGCCGGGCCAUGCAGCAGGCGUACAACGUCCUCCUGAAGAUGAGGACCACUGAGGUGGAGGUGCUGGAUGAGGUGUGUUACAGAGUGGUGAUGCAUCUCUGUUGCGUGUGGGGUCUUCCCGUCAUGGCCGUACGAGUCCUGGUGGAGAUGAAGAGAGCCGGAGUGCAUCCAAACGUCAUCACAUAUGGAUUCUACAACAAGACCGUCUUGGAGAGCCCGUGGCCGAGCGCAAACCGCAGUGGCCUCUUUAUGUGGACCAAGCUCCGUAAUGUGGUUCGUGGAGUGUCCCAGUUCAAGCACGUUCCAGACCGAACACCUUCCAAGAAGGAACCCACCACAGCACCGUCGACCGGUGGGUCAGCGGUCGCUGACGCUGACCGCUUGAGUCACGGAAGUGCUGACAGCUCAAGUGAAGUCAACGGUGAAGAACGCAACCGAUUCGCCCACAGCCGCGGCAUGGAAGACACGGCAGACAACCACUGCGGCACAGGGCGUCAGUCUGACCAAGGCUACGGCUCCAAGGACGAGUUACACCAGGAGCUGAUGGAGCAUUCUGCUGCCCUUUCCACGGAGGGAAGAAACGAUCCCAGAGCCCAGCAUACCGGAGGGGACGUUGCUGUCUCGGUGGACAGUGCCGUCGCGGUAGCAGAGCCCCCCAGUCCUGUUGAUGUUCCCUCGCCUGUCCCCAGCAUUGUGAAACUGUCGGGGAGCCUUGAUAGCGGCAGGGAAACGGGUUCAGGGAAGCUGUUCAGGAGACUCAGCAAGACCGAUAACGUGUCUCUCCCUGAAGACGACGCCUCGCUGCCGCCAGGGGACGCAGCCAACCAGCCUCAACAGCAGCGGCAGAAGUCCUUUGCCGAGCGCAGCUGCAGCUUCAGCGCCGAAACCCGAGACGGGAUGCUCCUCGAGAAAGGCGUGGACCACAUGGCCAGUCAGAUGGGUGCCGAUGCCCGGAUCCUGGCUGCAGCGCUCUGUCCAGGCCUAACUCCACCCCCUAAUAGUGUGUCCAAAGCACUUUUUAAAGACCUGGAGGAAGAGCCUGAAGACGAUCCGGGCCUGGCAUUAGGGAAGCUGCCAGAGGAAGACGGAGCGGCGGCAGAAGAAGGAAAGGGAGAGGAUGAAGAGGUAGACGGGGCCGAGUUAAAAAUGGGGGAACGAGAGAGGAAGCACACUGAAACGAGCGAGGACAACCCUGGGCUGCGAGUGCCGACUCUGGAGAGGGCGGACGUGGAAGCGGGCGCCGACCCACUUUCCCUCCUGGUGACCGAGAGCGACGAGUCGGCCUCCGUCGGCAGCCUAGAGCCGCCGCGCUCCGUGCCUGCUGUGGUGUCCCGCAACCUGGCCGAGGAGAUCGAAAUGUACAUGAGCCUGAGGAGCCCCCCGAGCGUCAAGUCCUCCAGCAUGGAGCUCCAGCAGGCCCCGGGAGACUGCGCCGACCCCCCACAGCCCACGCAGUCUCUGGAGCGCAGGGCGAGCCUCCCUGUGCCUCCCGUCAAAACUCCGACCGGCUCCCCGGGCGACACGCCCAAACGCAGCCCCACCGCCGUCACUCGCUCCAAGACUUUCGCGACGAAGACGAAGACCCCCAGCAGCGCGACGGGGAGCCCGGGCCCUCGAUCGUCCUCGCUGACGGCGCUGGUCAAGUCCUCCCAGGGAGGGUCAUUGGGCUCCGUCAUCAACUCCUUCUCAGCCAUCAAGAUGGACCACCUCCUGUCGGGACCGAAGAUAGACGUGUUUAAAUCGAGCAUGAAACAGGCGGCAAAUGUGGCCAGCAAAGUGUGGGGAGCGGUUGCUUCUGCCUACUCAUACUCAGAUGACGAGGAAGACCAAGCUCAGGGUGGCGGCGGCGGCUUCCCAGCCCAUCUGGAUGAGCACACGCUGGCUGCAGAUGAGAGCCCAGAGAGAGGAGCCAUCCCGGGGCUGGUGGCCAACGGUCUCAACCAGAGCUGCACCAGCCUGGGCAGCAGCAGUGGCAGCAGUGACACGGGCCGAGGGACCCACCCGACACACCCAACUCCUGGCCGAGCAGGCAGGGGUCCAGACUCCGAGCAAGGCUCUUUACAUCACGCUUCCUCCUCGAGCAUUUACCAGAACUGUGCAUUGGAGGUGCUGAUGUCCAGCUGCUCCCAGUGCCGCUCUUGUGAAGCCCUGGUGUACGACGAGGAGAUAAUGGCCGGCUGGACAGCCGAUGACUCCAACCUGAAUAGCGACUGUCCCUUCUGUGGCACAGCCUUCCUUCCCUUAUUGCACGUCGAGUUUCACGACUUGCGGACGAUGACCGGGUUUUACAUCAAUCCCAGUGCCUCAGGAGACAGUAUCCACAGCACCAGUACCCAGCCCAUAGCCAGCAGCUCAGCCGACAUCAAGACAACAGAACUUAUCACUUUCCCCGAGGAGGAACCUCGGGAGACUCCAGACAACCUGCCUGUUGCACAUACGAGUCUGAUUCCAGAGCCGGCGCAAUCGGACCCCUUAGGUCUCCUGGAGCACCAGGCAGCGCGGCAGCAGCGUAGCUGCAGCGGGACGUCGCUGACGCGCAGCAACAGUGUCGGCGGCCCGCUGCAGAGCCUGGACUACUCCCCGAGACCCGGACACGGCGUCUCCACCACCAGCCUGCCCUGCAGCCUGCAAGCGGUGUCGGACGGCAUGGGGACCAAAAGGCCGAACCCCAAGCCUGUGUCAGUCCCGUACCUCAGCCCCCUGGUGCUGCGCAAGGAGCUGGAGACCCUGUUGGAGAACGAGGGCGAUCAGGUGAUCUACACCCACAAGUUCCUCAGCCAGCACCCCAUCAUCUUCUGGAACCUGGUUUGGUAUUUCCGUCGCCUGGACCUUCCCACUCACCUACCUGGCCUCAUCCUAACCUCUGAACACUGCAACAAUGGCGUACAGCUUCCCCUGACGUCACUGUCCCAGGACAAUAAGCAGGUCUUCGUCCAGCUCCUGUGGGACAACAUCAAUCUACACCAGGAACAUGGAGAGCCCCUCUACCUGUCCUGGAGGACCUUGUUGGAGAAGAAGGGGAUGCUGGCUCCCACAGACCACCAGGAGAUUCGUACCCUCCUCAACACGAUUGUUCGCAACAUCCAGACCAACGACAUCUACGGGCCAAUCAACCUGUUGAUCCGAGAGAUCAAACAGCGGCCAGAGGGAGUCAAAAGGCAAAGGAGUAUCUAUAGAGAAAUAUUGUUCCUCUCCCUGGUGGCGCUGGGGAAGGAAAACAUCGACGUGGAGGCCUUCGACAGGGAGUACCGCUUGGCUUACGAGGAACUGAGCGCCGAGCAGCUCAAGUCCUUGCACCGCAUCGAUGAACCGCCCAGCCCCAACGUCCAGUGGUGCCUUAAAUGCUUCGGGACCCCCAUCAUCUGACCACACGCACAACCGCGGCAAAGAGGGAACAUCUGGCCGGGUCGAGCGCGACAGCAGACGGGACAGAACCAGUGGCGGGCCGGAGUUGAAGCGCAAAAUUAUUUUGUAUUUAAACGCCUCAAAUCGGCCAAACGAGGUACUUCUUCUUCCCCUUGACUUGGAAGACGCCCAUAGUCUGCUUCUUCUUUUUUUUUUUUUUUUUUACAAACCUAUGAUGCUUUUCAGAGGCUUUUUCCAAGCAGCUACUUUACAGGAGGGACUGUUUCUGUAAAUGGCUUGGAGAGCUGCAGUGAAUCUUUUGGGACUAGUUGAGGUGUGCUUCUUUACAGCUGGUGUAUAGAAUGAUAAAUCACUGUCCAGAAUAUAGCGACUGCCCCUGUUGUGUGUGUGUGCAUGUGUGUUUGUGUGUGUAUGUGUGUGUGUGUUUGUGGUAAGUUCCCUGUCCUGUAGCCUUUUGCCCACAUUGCCUAAACUGGUCCCGACUGUGUCCCCAUUAGAUCAGUCUACGUUGCUUGAGACCGUGUACGUCCCCUGACUGUUCGCUUGUGCACUUUCUGAAAAUAACUUUUUGUACAUAAUGUUUACUUCGGGGGGGGAAGGGGGGGGGGGGUAUGAAAACAGGGUUCGCCUCGAUGCCUUGACUGUUUGUGUGAUCCGAGUCUUAAUGAAUGUUCAAGUUUGUCUUGUUGAAAAUGUACAGGUUCAGAUCUCUCUGUCUGUGUAAAUAUGUAUCGGGAGCACGCGCGUAAACCGGAGAGGACUGAGGACAAUCACUAAUUAUCGAUCACUAAAACCGAUUCUGCAACAUUCCAGAUGCCUUGCAAUCAAAACAGGUCUUAACGAAGUAUUAUUGAUCUCUGCAGCAACCGAUUAAAAUCAGCCCAUUGGAGAAAGAGAUUAUUAAAGGAGCGCGUUGAUGGGUCACUACCGAUGACCACACUUCAAAACAAAGACGCGUGUUCUCUUUGAGGGACGGACGGCUCGGUGACCGAGCGUUCAAUCCAACUCGUGUUUUUAAUAUUUGCAUCUUUUAUCAAUAAUAUGCUUUACUUGUUUAGCUAAUACGCCUUCUUGUAAUGUUGAAUUAGAACUGUAACUCGCAAGUACCGGAGCUACUCCUUAAUCCAGCAUAGAAUGAGCCAGUUUAUAAAAAAAAAUUUUAAUUGGGUAUACUACUUGCAGACAUGAUUGCUGUUAUGGUUUACACACGGGAGCUUUGCAUGUUAGUGGUAGCAGUUAGAGCUUUAGGCUUCCUCAGUUCACCUGACACUUAAGAAAGGAACAAUCUUCCAACACGACAUUCCACUGAAUGCGUAAACCGCAUCAAGGAGAGACGAGCGCUCCGAUGAACUGCUGGUGAGUGGUUGUAGAUGGUCCUAGUGUAGACUUUGUACAGAAGCGAUGCUAUUGUGAAAUAUUAAAUUUGUGCUGCAUCAAUAAAAACCGGACCUUAACCCAGGGUGAGGAUGAGAUGAGACCACAUGGAAAAAGAAGAAAAAAAUAAAGUAACACAGUAGUUUCUGCUCCAAAAUAAAAAUUCUCACUUAUUUAUUUUUGUAUCAUUGACAUUUGGAUUGCAGACAGUGUAACAUUUUUAUGAUUAAAAAAACCUUCCUUUCGCCUUUUAAUCCGUCUUAAGGGAUCCCAUCGUGUACUGAUUUUGUAAAUCUGACCUCCAUAUGGCAGAGGAUGUACAGAAGAGACUGUUCUGUAACAAAAGAUUAAGUGACCUUUUACCGUCCUGUGGAAAGGAAUUGAAUGUCGACACUUAUGUGCGCUGCAAUAAACGAGUUUAUGAAUUGAUUGAAAAACAA